UUUAUUUUUUCAUGAAAUAAAAACUAAACGUCAGAAUUCUGAAAAACAGAUAAAACAAACACAUGUUUGUGCGUUUCUCUUCGUGUAGGAACUGAUUUAUUGAUUAUUAUCGAUCGUUCCGUGAUCCGAGGCGUGUCCGCGAGCCGCCAUGUUCUCCCGUGACGUCACCAAACGGGAAGUGAGCUUGUUGUUCUGCUCCGUGGUCGCUGCGGUGCGGUGCGGGAGGCUCGCGGGCCAGCUCUUCCUCUGCGCUUCUUCCUCCUCUUCCUCCUCUUGGACCAUGGACGGGAAUCAGAGUUUCCUUCCUCUCUCAGCUGCUGCGCGACCAUGAGCACCUCCGACCUGUCGACAGUGGAUGGCACUGAUAGGCUGUGUGUGUCUGAGCGCGCUCAGUGCGUCCCGUCUCGGGUCCUUCACCUGCGUCACCUUCCCCUUGACGUCUCUGAACAGGAAGUGCUCGCUCUGGCGCUUCCCUUCGGCCGAGUUAGCAAACUGAUCACGCUGAAGCAUAAAAACCAGGCUUUUGUAGAGAUGGCGUCAGAGGAAGCGGCGGUUACCAUGGUGAACUACUACACCUCAGCCACGCCCACCGUCAGGAACCAGCCAAUCUUCAUUCAGUACUCCACCCACCGCGAGCUGAAGACCGACAACCUGACCAAUCAGAGAGCUCAGGUGGCACUGCAGGCCAUCAGCGCAGCAGCAGUGCAUUCUGGGAACAUGGCGUCUGGAGGAGAGGGGCGGGGCUUCGCUCCCGGUCAGAGUCCCGUCCUGAGAAUCAUCGUGGAGAAUUUAUUUUACCCCGUGACCCUGGAGGUCCUGCAGCAGAUCUUCAGUAAGUUCGGCUCGGUGUUGAAGAUCAUCACCUUCACCAGAAACAAUCAGUUUCAGGCUCUGCUGCAGUUCAGUGACACCGUGCACGCUCAGCACGCCAAGGCUGCUCUGGACGGUCAGAACAUCUACAACGGCUGCUGCACGCUGCGGAUCGACUUCUCCAAACUGAGCGCGCUCAACGUGAAGUACAACAACGACAAGAGCCGAGACUUCACCAGAGCCGACCUGCCGACGGGAGAGCUGGAGCCCGCCGCCUUCGGUGUAGCCCUCCCUCCAUACGGAGCAGCAGCUUUCCCGCCCUCCUUCCACCAGCACACAGGUAUGUCGAUGGCGGCCGUCCCCGGCUCGUUGGUGUCUCCCCCUCGUGUCUCGCUGCAGGUGGCGCCCCCCGCCGGCCACUCCGUGCUGCUGGUGUCCAACCUGAACCCCGAGAGCGUGUCGCCUCACUGCCUCUUCAUCCUGUUCGGUGUUUACGGGGACGUUCAGCGAGUGAAAAUCCUCUUCAACAAACAGGAAAACGCUCUGGUUCAGAUGAGCGACGCCACGCAGGCUCAACUCGCGAUGAGUCACCUGAACGGCCAACGUCUCCAUGGAAACGUGAUCCGGGUGACGCUGUCCAAGCACCCGGUGGUACAGCUGCCUCGCGGGGGGGCGGGGCAAGAAGAGCAGGCGCUGACCCGCGACUUCUCAGGCUCCGCCCUCCACCGCUUCAAAAAACCCGGAUCCAAAAACUUUAACAACAUCUUCCCGCCGUCGGCGACGCUGCACCUCUCCAACAUCCCCUCGUCGGUCAGCGAGGACGUGUUGAAGGAUUUAUUUUCCUCCGCCGGGUUCACAGUCAAAGCCUUCAAGUUUUUCCAGAAGGACAGGAAGAUGGCGCUGAUGCAGCUGGCGUCGGUGGAGGAAGCUAUCGAGGCUUUGAUCGCUCUGCACGACCAGCAGCUGGACCACAACCAGCACCUCAGAGUGUCCUUCUCCAAGUCCACCAUCUGACCCUUGACCACCGAUUGUCCUUCUCCAAGUCCAAUAUCUGACCUUUGACAUCCGAGUGUCCUUCUCCAAGUCCACCAUCUGACUUUUAACCUCCAAGUGUCCUCCAAAUGCACCAUCUGACCUUUGACAUCCGAGUGUCCUUUUCCAAGUCCACCAUUCAACCCCUGACCUCCGAGUGUCCUUCUCCAAGUGCACCAUCUGACCCCUGACCUCCGAGUGUCCUUCUCCAAGUGCACUAUCUGACCCCUGACCUCCGAGUGUCCUUCUCCAAGUGCACUAUCUGACCCCUGACCUUCGAGUGUCCUCCAAGUGCACCAUCUGACCCCUGACCUCCGAGUGUCCUUUUCCAAGUCCACCAUUCAACCCCUGACCUCCGAGUGUCCUUCUCCAAGUGCACCAUCUGACCCCUGACCUCCGAGUGUCCUUCUCCAAGUGCACUAUCUGACCCCUGACCUUCGAGUGUCCUUCUCCAAGUGCACCAUCUGACCCCUGACCGCCGAGUGUCCUUCGCCAAGUGUACCAUCUGACCCCUGACCUCCGAGUGUCCUUCUCCAAGUGCACCAUUCGACCUUUGACCUCCGAGUGUCCUCAAAGUCCACCAUCUGACCUUUGGCCUCUGACUGUCCUUCUACAAAGUACACCGUUUGACCUUUGCCCUCUGAGUGUCCUUCUCCGAGUCCACUAUUCGACCCCUGAUCUUCGAGUGUCCUUCUGCAAGUUCACCAUCUGACCCCUGACCUCUGAGUGUCCUUCUCCAAAUACACCAUCUGACCCCUGACCUCCGAGUGUCCUCCUCCAAAUACUCCAUCUGACCCCUGACCUCCGAGUGUCCUUCUCCAAGUCCACUGGCUGACCCUUGACCCCAGCAAAGGGUCAACUGACCCCUGCAGGUCGGCCGAGGCCCCAGACUGUCAGCAGUGUUAGCUUCAAGUUUAACUAGCCGUUAGCGUUGCUGGGAAUCCACACAGGAAGUGAGACGUGAGCGGGGCGUGAGCGUUCUAUCCGUUCAGUCCACACCGACUCCGACCUGCGUUCAGCGUCUCUGUCGUCUGUCGGCAGUAGCUGCUGACCAGCGGCCGGACAAACUGCCUUAACAGUUCGCAUGUUGGCUCCACGAGAAGAAACCCAGUGUUUGUAUUUAUUGAUUCAUUGAUUUUAUUUCCCGCCGUACUGAGUGAAUCUGCCUGCAGUGAAACAGGCAGAUUGGAUGCUGAUCAAUCAAUAUAGAUACGGUUAAUAAGUUCAACACACACACACACACAUAUGUAUAUAUAUAUAUAUGUGUGUGUGUGUGUGUGUGUGUACAGCAGGAUCAAACAGACUUGGAGCACAGAAGCUCGGAGUCAGUGUGGAUCAAUACAUUUGAUAAAAAAGGUGUUUCUGUUCCGCGAGGCGCGCGAGUGAGAGACGUCAAAAACACUUCUAAAAAGGCUUUUUAUGUGGAUUAGCUGUUAGCCUUUAAACUUUGAGUUUCGUCAGUUAUUUUCCUUAGUUUUUUAUUUUAAACAGCUAUCAGCCUGCUAGCUUUUGGUUUAGCUUAGCAUUAGCAUGUUAGUUUAGAGUUUAAUCAGUAAUUGGACACAGGAAAGAUGCCGUGCUUACGAUUCACAAGGAUUAACGUCAUCAAUCAACUCGAGCUUCUAUUUUAAAAGGUAUUAAUUAGCCUGUUAGCUUCAACACAGAUACACAGAUGUAAUAGAAAUCAGUUGUAGGAGUUCCUCAGAUGUAAUUAUGACUUAGAUGUUGAUUUAAAUGACAAUUACAAGGCAGAAAUGGUGAUUUACAAUAAGUCUGAUAUGGCACGACAUGACAAUGACACAGCAUUAUCCUGUUAGCUUCGACUUUAGCCACACUAGCUAUUAGUAUUUUAGCUCCAAGCUAAGCUAUGUAUUAGCUGGAUUAUUAGAACGUUACUUUGUUCAGACAGUGGAAACAACACUCGGCUGCUUGUAAGCUACAACAAAGCCGCAGCAAACUGGUGACAAAAUGGCGGCAGAGCUCCAUCGCUGACAGUUAAACUGAAAUAAAACCCAGUAUUAACACUAAUCAGUGUAUUUAUGAGCAGAUUAACUAAGUUUACUUUCCUGCGGCUGAACGUCACUGACCAGUCACGUGUUUGUGUUUCUGCAUUUACCGACACUUGUUUCUAAUACAGCGGUGGAAGAAGUACUUUACUGCAGUAAAAGUACCGAUACAGCAAAGUAAAAAUACUCCAUUACUAGUAAAAGUCCUGCAUGAGAGAUUCUACCACAGUAAAAGUAUUAUGAGCUUGAUGUAGUUAGUAAAAGAACUUGUUUUGCAGAGCGUUGGGCUGUGACUGACGUAUUAAACUCUUUCCAUGAAGUUCAUUAUUAAUACUGAUGAAUCGCUGCAGAGAUCGACUGUUAGAUGAUCGUUUGUGUCGGAACAAAGAAAAAACAAAAUUAAAUUUCCAGGUUUUCCUGUUUGGGUUUAAUUUAUUUGAAACAAAGUUUAGAGGAGCGAACGACUCACGAACAUCUGAAACAUGACGAGGAGACAAAACAUCUGUUAUGCAGCUCAACGUAGAAGCUUCUUUCAAAUUAAAAGUCUUUUUAUCUGAAAAGUAACUAAAGCUGUCAAAUAACUGUAGUGGAGUAGAAGUAUAAA